AUGUCUUCGGACUUCCCCACGGAUCCAUAUUCUACAGCCCAACAAAAAUGGCUCUACCAGGAUCAUCUGGUUCUUCCGACCCUGGAAAAAUUGUUAAAAUACAAUUUAAAGGAUAAGAAGGUGUUGGAUAUUGGAUGUGGAAAUGGUCUCAACAGCACGACCUUUCUUCAAUGGGGAGCUCGAAAAGUUGUUGGAUUCGACAACUCUCAAGAAAUGAUUGAAAAUUGCAAGAACCUCCACAAAUCAUCGGAACAAUCAAGUUUCCAUCAUCUCAACGUCACCGAUUUCCAGCUCGAUGAGAAGUUCCACGUGGCAACUGCAGUUUUUGUACUCCAAUACGUACAUGAUAAGGAAGAGCUUCGAAAAGCAAUUAGAUUGAUUUGGGAGCGGAAAUUGAGAAAUGGGUGGUUCCGUUUGUGGAUGGAGGACUUGUAACGGCGAAUUUCUAUGAAGGAAAUGAGAUCAAAUGCACAUCGACAAUGGCUCUUCAUUCAAAUGACUUUUAUGAGCAAUGUUUGAAGGAAGCUGGAUUUAGAGAUAUUGAGUGGUUGGCCCCAACAAUUAGUGAAAAUGGACAAGAAGUUCUGGGUGAAGCUUUCUGUAGAAGAUUCUUGAAUCCACCAUGUGAUAUUGUUUUCCGCUGUUUUAAGUGAACAAUUUGAAUCAACUAUUUAUAAAGAUAAUUUAGUA